AUGGGCAAGGCCCAAGGGGGUGCACCCCUCCUUGUCAUGGGGAAGGUGGCUGCACCCCAAGGGGGUCGCACCUCCGUUUCCCACAAUGUCGCACCUCCGUUUCCCCCCAGGUCGCACCUCCGUUUCCCCCCAGGUCGCACCUCCGUUUCCCCCCAGGUCGCACCUCCGUUUCCCCCCAGGUCGCACCUCCGUUUCCCCCCAGGUCGCACCUCCCUUCCCCCCAGGUCGCACCUCCGUUUCCCCCCAGGUCGCACCUCCGUUUCCCCCCAGGUCGCACCUCCGUUUCCCCCCAGGUCGCACCUCCCUUCCCCCCAGGUCGAACCCCCCUUUCCCCCCAGGUCGCACCUCCGUUUCCCCCCAGGUCGCACCUCCCUUUCCCCCCAGGUCGCACCUCCCUUUCACCCCAGGUCGCACCUCCGUUUCCCCCCAGGUCGCACCUCCCUUUCCUACCAGGUCGCACCUCCCUUUCCCCCCAGGUCGUACCUCCGUUUCCCUCCAGGUCACACCUCCCUUGCCUACCAGGUCGCACCUCCCUUUCCCCCCAGGUCGCACCUCCGUUUUCCCCCAGGUCGCACCUCCUCCUCCAAUCUCCCCCCGUCCCUCACCCCCAUCUUCUCAUCCCCCGCAAACCCUCUCUCAGCUCAUUCUAUCUCUUCCCUUCCCUCUCUCCCUUCUUUCCCUCAUGUCUCCCCCGCCUUCCCCCCAUUUCCCCCCUCCAUGCCCUCAUUCCCAUCCUUCCUUCCCCUCAUUUCACUUUUAUCUUCCCCAUUUCCCCACUACUUUCUCUUGGUUUCCCCCCUCCCCCUUUUUGCCACCCGCGCCUGCAGCCUCGUGACCGCCACCGAGCCGCCAGCUGCACGUUUGACGAGGUGCGCGAAAUGUGCCCAUUCACAGGCCAGCGCCUUUCCUCAUCCCUCCGAACCUCUUCCUCUCCGCCCUCCCACCCUUGUCUUUCUCUUCCCCCCCUGUUCUCCUCUCUCUCCACCGUCAUCCUCUCUCCCCCCUGUCCUCCUACCCCCUCCUGUCAUCCUCUCUCCCCCCUGUCCUCCUCCCCCCUCCUGUCAUCCUCUCUCCCUCCUGUCCCCUCCCCACCCCUGCCAUCCUCUCUCCCCCCUGUCCACCUCCCCCCACCUGUCAUCCUCUCUCCCUCCUGUCCUCCUCCCCCCCACUGUCAUCCUCUCUCCCUCCUGUCCUCCUCCCGACCCCUGUCAUCCUCUCUCCCCCCUGUCCUCCUCCGUCCCCUCUGUCCUCUCUCCCCCUGUCCACCCCCUUGCUCCCCUGCCAUCCUCUUCCACUCGCUUUAUUGGCCACUCCUUUUUCCCCCUUUAUCCCCGUUUCCACCAUAGUUUCCCACUCCUUUCCCUCUCCUUCCCACUCCUUCACUCUCCUUCCCAUUCCUUUCCCGCUGCUUUCCUUAUGCCCUGCCAUUGCUCCCCCACUCUCCUCUUUUCCCCUCGUGCUCGGCUGAGUGUGCUGUGCAGGCUGCAGCAGGGCAGCGGGCCACCAUGGAGGGGAGGACAUGGGCUAAGCUUGCUACCACACGCGCCAAUGGGCGCUUGGAUGCUGGGCACUAUGGCACUCUCCAUUCGCCCUGCCACCUCAUGCGCCACUCAUCCACCCCUCCUUCCCUCCUGCUUGGGCCUCCGACUUGCUACUGCAGCUGGGGUGACUGCAGCAGCAUGA